GCGCAAGGGUCCGAGUGUCGGCAACCUUUCCCCCUCCGGCACGUCCGUCUUUGACAUGUCCUGUUGGUAAAACGUCACAAACACCAGCCAUGCACUCCAAGGACGCGCACCUGUACGGCGUGCCGAAGCCGAAGAAGGCGCCCGGCAAGGAUAUGUCCUCGUCGUCGUCCUCGCUGGCCUUCACGUCGCAGCUGUCGUCGCUGAUCGCGAGUGGCAAGGAUGCGAGAGAGCGGACGGCGCCGGCCAGGCCGCGGCCAAAGAAGGACGACAUCUUCUCCGUGCACAACAGGAACGCCAAGAAGCGGGCCUUGAAGGACCUCGACGAGGUGGACUUUGCGCAGAGGCAUUCCACGAGCAGCGAGGCCGUCGACGAGGCGACGUGGCGUCGGGCCAAGCGCAAGAUGGAGGAGAAGGCGCGCCUGUACGCGGCCAUGAAGCGCGGCGACAUCGAAGACCUGGAGGACAAGUAUGCGGUCGACUUCGACCGGAAGUGGGCGGAGGCGCAAGAAGCGGGCGGCGACGCGACGUCCUCGACCGACGACGAGGACGAGGACGAGGCGCCCAGCGACGGCGAGGAGCUGGUCGACUACGUGGACGAGUUCGGGCGCAACCGGCGGGGCACACGGGCGCAGGCCGAGCGGGCAGCGCGCAGGCAGCAGACGCAGGCGGCGAACGCGGCCGACGACCGGUUCACAGCGCGGCCGAGCAUGCCGGCGCAGCUGAUCUACGGUGACACGAUACAGUCGGCCGCGUUCGACCCGGAUGCGGGCGUAGCGGAGCGGAUGGCGGCACUGGCGGCAAAGCGGGAUGCGGCGACGACUCCGCCGCCGGAGACGCACUUUGACGCGCGGCACGAGGUGCGCACCAGGGGCGCGGGCUUCAUGCCUUUUUCUGCAGACGCAGAGGAGCGGAAGCGGGAGAUGGAGGCGCUGGAGGCGCAGCGGCGCGAGACGGAAGCACAGCGUGCAGAGGCAGCGCGUAGGAAAGAAGAGCGGAGGCGUGAGGUAGAGGAGCGCAGGCGAAAGAUCCAGGAGCGACGCACAGCCAAAAAGACGGACCGAUUUCUGAAGGAAUUGUUGGGCGAGCUGGAGGAGAAGGAGAUUAAGACAAAGGAUGAGGACGGCGAUGUGAAGAAAGAGCCGGACAUGGCCUCGCACGAGCCUGUCGUCAGCACCUGA